AUGAAGCUCACGACCGAGACUGUGCUUCUCGGCGCCCUUUUUGCAGGGCAGGCCGCCGGCGGCUUGGUGCCGAGCCCAUUGACCGGCAAGCAGCACUACCACGAGAACUCGACCUUUUCCAAGCUCUUUGCGGCGCCGCCCAUUGCCACGGGCGAGCUCGACCGCGCGGGAUGGAAGGUGACGUGCGACAGCUUCGAGCCGGGCAACGAGUGCAGCAUGGCGAUUGACGGCAACAACGACACGUUUUGGCACACCAAGUUUGAGGGCUCCAACGUGCCGCACCAGAUCGUGGUGGACUUUGGGGCGACGCACAACAUCAACGGCAUCUCGGCGCUGCCGCGGCAGGACGGCAACAACCACGGCUACAUCGCGGCGCACGACGUGGCCGUCAGCACCGACGGGAGCAACUGGGAGACGGUGGCGGCGGGCACGUGGUACGGCGGCGACAAGCUGCUCAAGUACGCCAACUUUGAGACGCGGACGGCGCGCUACGUGCGCCUGCGGGCGACGAGCGAGGUGAGCGGCGCGCCGUGGACGAGCGUGGCCGAGCUCAAGGCGUACGCGGCCAAGUCGGGCCCGGCGGCGUACGGCGGCGUGGGCAAAUGGGGCGCGACCAUUGACUUUCCCACGGUGCCGGUGGCGGCGGCGGUCGACCCCGUGUCGGGCAAGGUGCUCGUGUGGUCGUCGUACACGUACGACAACUACCUGGGGUCGACGCAGGACCGCGUCUUCACGUCGCUCUGGGACCCGGCGACGGGCUCGGUGACGCCCAAGCUGGUCGACGACACGGACCACGACAUGUUCUGCCCGGGCAUCUCCAUCGACGGCACGGGCCAGAUGGUGGUGACGGGCGGCAACUCGGCGUCCAAGACGACGCUGUACGACUUUGCCAGCGGCGCGUGGCUGCCGGGCCCGGACAUGACGGUGGCGCGGGGCUACCAGGCGUCGGCGACGCUGUCCGACGGCCGCGUCUUCACCAUCGGCGGCUGCUGGAGCGGCGGCUGCGUCGCCCCCGCCGGCGACCGCCGCUCCGACCGCGGCACCGACCCCGACGCCAUGAACGGCAACGCCGUCAUGUUCGACGCCCGAGCCGGCCGCAUCCUCUCCUUUGGCGGCUCGCCCUCGUACCAGAACAGCCAGGCCUCCGCCGCCGCCCACCUCAUCACCAUCGGGGACCCCGGCAAGCCCGCCGACGUGCGCUUCGCCUCCAACGGCCUCUGGAGCCCGCGCGCCUUCCACACCUCGGCCGUCCUGCCCGACGGCACCGUUUUUAUUACUGGCGGCCAGAGCUACGCCGUGCCCUUCUCCGACGAGACCCCCCAGCUGACCCCCGAGCUGUACGACCCCGUCGCCGACGCCUUCUACAAGCAGCAGCCCAACUCCAUCGUCCGCGUCUACCACAGCGUCGCGCUCCUGCUGCCCGACGCCACUGUGCUCAGCGCCGGCGGCGGCCUCUGCGGCGACUGCAACACCAACCACUUUGACGGCCAGGUCUUCACGCCGCAGUACCUGCUCACCAAGGAUGGCCAGCCCGCCGUGCGCCCCGUCAUCCGCUCCGCCACCCUGUCCGGCCGCACCGUCGCCAUCGAGACCGACUCGUCCGUCGCGUCCGCCUCGCUCAUCCGCUUCGGCACCGCCACGCACACCGUCAACACGGACCAGCGCCGCGUCCCGCUGACCCUCGUCCGCGCCGGCGAUAAUCGCUACACUGCCGAGGUGCCUGCCGACCCGGGCGUCGUCCUGCCCGGCUACUAUAUGCUGUUUGUCAUGAACGACAAGGGCGUGCCGAGCGUUUCCAAGACGCUCAACUUUUUGGUGUGA